UAAAAGAUCCCAUGGGAGUGGGUGAUGACAACUACUUUAAUGGAGUUAGAGCCAUUGAUAGUACUUCUAUCAUUUGGUUCCCUCUUUUCCACAAUACAUUCAAUUCUAAGCAACCUCCACUUGCAUCAUUCAUUUCUUCUUAUAAAAUCCCCUUCCCCUUGUAUGUCCAAACAUUCCCUCAUUCAAACCAAAAUUCUUCGUUCAGUUCUCCAGAAAAUAGGAUUGAUCAGAUUCUAUUGCGUCAGACGUUGCUCCACUACCUUUCAAAAUCCCAUUCUAUUCUUAGUUCAGUUCUCCACCUUAACAACAGAAAUUACAAUCAAUCGUAUUCUAUUGACUCCAACACUAGUUCAUUACCAUAUAACAUCUCGAUUUUUGGCUCAGUUCUCCACCUUAACGACACAUAACAGUGUCACAUUGCUCCGUUGCCUUAUCGUCAUCACUUCAAACUAUUUAUACAUUACCAAUGGCUUCUUGUCUAUUCUUUUUUGUUGUUUUUUGCCUACCCUUUAUUGUUAAAGCUCAAGAAAGGUCUCCUCAUGGCCUUGCUUAUGAAAGCCCUGUUGCAAUUUCACCAGAAGCAUACUCAUUUUUCCAUCCUGAGACUCAAAAACAUAACACUACUACUAGUGAAAGUUUAUGUGAUAAUGAUAGUAAUACAUCAGGUUGUUCAAGAUUUCCUAUGGCUUCAAGUGUGCAGUCUAAUGUAGCACAUGAAAGUUUAUCCCCAAACGAUGAGGAAGGCGAUGGGCGAAUGGGAGCUGGUGUGAUGGUUGGGAUUGCUCUCGGGUUCGCGUUUGCUAUUGUGUUGGCAUUUGGUGUUUACUAUGUUGUGACUGCGCGAAAACACAACGCAAGCAAAGGUGUUCCUAUCCAGCUCAAUGUCUAACACUCCGAAAAUGUUGUUGCACCUGUGUCGGAUCAUCCAAAAAAGUACUACCUAUGGAGAAUCCAACACAAACCUGCCUACAUCUUUUAAGAGUCCUAAGUAACAUAGAUUAGAACAGGCAUUUACUCUUACCCAUCCCCUGCUGCUUCAUCUCAUUUUUACUUUUUCUUUGUUUGUUUGUUUCUUAGCUUUCCUGUAGUUAUAUGAUUUGGGAAUGUGAGAUGUAACUAUUGUUUCUACCAGUAGUUAGUGAUAUAAUGGUACAAUUAUUUAGUUAUUACUCUCAUCCAAA